CAGGCACCGGGCCCCCAGGCGGGGCGACAGGCAUCGGGCCCCCAGGCGGGGGGUGACAGGCAUCGGGCCCCCAGGUGGAGCGGCGGGCACCGGGCCCCCAGGCGUAGCGGCGGGCACCGGGCCCUCAGGAGGGGCGACAGGCAUCGGGCGCCCAGGCGGGGCGACAGGCAUCAGGCCCCCAGGCGGAGCGGCGGGCACCGGGCCCCCAGGGCAGACACCGGGCCCCCAGGCGGAGCGACGGGCACCAGGUCAUCAGGCACCACAACGGGCAUCAGGUCACCAGGCAUCAGGUCAUUUGGGUCGCCAGUGGGCACCGCGUCAUCUGGCAAGGCAGUGGGCACCGAGUCACCAGGCACGACAGUGGGCUCCGAGUCAACUGGCAUGACCGCGGGCACUGGGUCAGACAUUGGAUCGUCUGGCCCGACAGCGGGCAUCGGGCUGGGUAGAAAACAUCAUGCUGGGUAGAGGCAUCAGGCUGGAUGGAGGCAUCAGGCUGGGUGGAGGCAUCAGGCUGAAUGGAGGCAUCAGGCUGAAUGGAGGCAUCAGGCUGGGUAGAGGCAUCAGGCUGAAUUGUGG